AUGUGUGACGUGGUUUUAGGCUCCCAGUGGGGCGACGAAGGCAAGGGCAAGUUGGUUGACAUUCUAUGCGAUGACAUUGACGUUUGUGCCCGUUGUGCCGGUGGAAACAAUGCCGGCCACACGAUUGUUGUCGAGGGCAAGAAGUUUGAUUUCCACAUGUUGCCGAGCGGGUUAGUCAACGCCAACUGCCAGAACUUGGUUGGCUCCGGCGUUGUUGUGCAUGUGCCUUCCUUGUUUAGCGAAUUGGAGAACUUGGAAGCGAAAGGGUUAAAGUGUCGUGAUCGGUUGUUUAUUAGUUCACGUGCUCAUUUGGUGUUUGAUUUCCAUCAGCGCACAGAUAAGUUGAAAGAGGCGGAGUUGUCUGAGAACAAAAAGAGCAUUGGCACCACGGGAAAGGGGAUUGGGCCUGCUUACUCCACCAAGGCUUCUAGAUCGGGGCUCCGGGUCCACCAUUUGGUGAACGCCAACCCGGAGGCGUGGGAUGAGUUCAAGGUCCGGUAUAUGAGGUUGGUCGAGUCGAGAAUGAAGCGAUACGGCGAGUUUGACUACGACUACGAAGAAGAAUUGGCUCGUUAUGAAAAAUAUCGAGAAGAAUUGAGACCGUUUGUUGUUGACUCCGUUGAGUUUAUGCACAACGCCAUUGAAAGCAAGAAGAAGAUCUUGGUUGAAGGCGCCAAUGCCCUCAUGUUGGACAUCGACUUUGGCACGUACCCCUACGUUACUUCCUCCUCGACUGGGAUUGGCGGUGUCUUGACGGGGUUGGGCAUCCCCCCCAAGACCAUCCGCAAUGUUUACGGGGUGGUCAAGGCCUACACUACCCGUGUCGGUGAAGGUCCUUUCCCCACUGAGCAACUCAACUCUAUCGGUGAGACUUUGCAGGAUGUCGGUGCUGAAUUUGGCGUCACCACAGGCAGAAAGAGAAGAUGCGGCUGGUUGGACUUGGUGGUUUUGAGGUACUCCAAUUUGAUCAACGGCUACACUUCGUUGAACAUUACCAAGUUGGACGUUUUGGAUAAAUUCAAGGAGAUUCAAAUCGGCGUUGCUUACAAGUUGAAUGGCAAAGUCUUGAAAUCGUUCCCGGAAGAUUUGAUCGAUUUGGGGAACGUUGAGGUGAUUUAUGAAACUUUGCCUGGUUGGGAACAAGACAUCACCCAGAUCAAGAAGUACGAGGACUUGCCCGAAAACGCCAAGAAGUACCUCAAGUAUAUCGAGGACUACUUGAAUGUUCCUGUUCAAUGGGUCGGUACCGGUCCUGCCAGAGACUCCAUGUUGGAAAAGAAAAUCUAG